AAUUAUAUUAGUGAGGGUAUAAUUCUUGACUUUCGGACUUUACCCACAAUUCUCUCUCUCACAGGUAUCCCGUGCUUCCUUUUUUAACCCAAAAAAAAAGUUCCUAGCCUUUUCUCUUUCACUUUUCUCCUCCAUUCUAGGUUGACUUCUCUUCCAUUUCUUUAUGAAUUUUCCCACUCUGGUAUAUUUCUUCAAUAACCUUGUAAAAGUUAGUACUAGCUAGAAUUUAUAUGACACACGUUGUUGCAAAAAUUAUCUGGCUAUAUAAGUACACAUCACACCAUGAUAAUAGUAGGUGAACUUGGAUCGGCAAAUUAAGCAAUGGCAUCUUCACUGCCAGUGUGUCUAGCUAGUUCUUCUCAUUUAGUCCUGAGCAUCGAGGAAGAGCUCGCCAAAGACCCCAAAAACACAGUCCCAGAACGCUAUGUUCGCGUUGGUCAAAACCCUCCAAUUCUAGAAACCCCUAUACCAAUCCCCACAAUCGACAUGAAACAACUUGUUUCCCUAGAAACUAAAGACUUGGAAAAAAUGAAGUUGCAUGAAUGUUGCAAAGAAUGGGGUCUCUUUCAGUUGGUAAAUCAUGGAGUUAGUUCUUCACUCUUGGAGAAGCUGAAUGAUGAGAUUGAAGGAUUCUUCAAGCUUCCUUUGGAAGAAAAAAUGAAGUACAAGAUAAGGCCAGGUGACGUUCAAGGCUAUGGAACCGUGGUCCGAUCCGAUAACCAAAGGCUUGACUGGGGUGAUAGGAUGUAUAUGAUAAUAAACCCUCUUCAUAGACGAAAGCCUUAUCUCUUUCCAGAGCUCCCUUCAUCUUUGAGAGAAACUUUGGAGGCUUACUUAUUGGAGUCACAAAGACUUGCUAUGCAACUUUUUGGUUAUUUGGGAGAGCUCCUAGAGAUGGAAAUGGGAGAGAUGGAGGAGUUGUUUGAAGAUGGGAUGCAAUCUGUGAGGAUGACCUACUAUCCUCCAUGCCCACAGCCAGAGCUGGUUGUAGGUCUCACACCUCACUCAGACGCAGCUGGUAUCACCAUCCUCCACCAAGCUAAUGGAGUCGAAGGUUUUCAAAUAAAGAAAGAUGGUGUUUGGAUUCCUGUGAAUUUCCUCCCAAAUGCCUUUGUUGUGAAUAUGGGAGACAUUCUAGAGAUUUUGAGCAAUGGUCUCUAUAACAGCAUUGAGCACAGAGCAAAUGUAAAUCCAGAGAAAGAAAGGAUCUCCAUUGCUAUGUUUUUCAACCCAAAAUUUGAGGCGGAAUUUGGGCCAGCAAGUAGUAUGUUAAACCCAAAUAACCCACCAUUAUUUAGAAGGGUGGGAAUGGAAAAGUAUGUCAAGGAUUUCUUCUCUCGGAGCCUCAAUGGAAGGACAUACUUAGACUAUAUGAGGAUCAAAAACGGAGAAGCCAACAGUGCUAAUUGAUCGCCAAAACUGAAUGUAAUAUGUCAUAGUAUUUAUUAUGUGCAGUGGUGCUUGAGUACUGGCAGUGGCUAUAGCGUCUUUAUCGAUUUAAUGCGCAUUUUGAAUGGUGAUCUGAU